CUUCUUCCGGCGUUGCAUUGUAGAGCGCAGGCGGAUCUGCGUCUCGAGGAGAGAGGGGUUUGUGCCGCGCAAGGCUGUCAUGGCGACUAACAUCGAGCAAAUUUUUCGAUCUUUCGUCGUUACCAAGUUCCGGGAGAUUCAGGAGCAGCAAUUCGGCAGUGGAAAGAUAGGAAAUCAGCACAAUGGUGAAAUAGACACAUCUGGACAAGUAAACACUUCAGAUGAUACAAUUCAGUCUAUAGAAAGUCUUCAAAAUGAUUCACUAGUGCAGAAGAUAGAACAAGUAUUAUCAGAAGUAUUGGGUACUGAGCCACGGUACAAAUCAGGGGAUGGAGAGGAUAUCGAAAGAAAUAAUUCACGCUCUACUAAAAGAAGCUUAUCUGAAGAAGUGCAAGAUGAAAUUCCAAGGAAAAAGUCUAAGAAAGACAAGAAACACAAAGAUAAAAAGAAAAAGAAAAAAAGAAAGAAGGAUAAAAAAGAGAAAAGAAAUAAAAAGCAUGCCAAAGAAAUAGAUGUUCAGCAAGAAGAAUGUGGAGAUGUGCAACUUAUUUCUCAUUCAAACCUAGAAAAUUCAAGUUCUCUCUUAAAUGCAGAAAAUGAUAUAGAUACAAAGUCUGGGUUUACCGUGAAAGAAGUUUCUACUUCAAUUAAUGAAAAAUCUGUAUAUGAAAAUCUAAACUCAGCUGUGUUGAAUAAUGUGUUCAGUUCACAUACCAGCAAACUGGAUACAUCUGAAGAAGAUUCUACUUUGAUGAGUGUUCAGGAAGUCAGUGAAGUCAAGCUUACAAAUGAUAAAGAAUUGGAAAAUGACACUUACCAACCUAAUGUAACUGUAAAUAUAUGCACAGAGGAUGACUUUUUAAGUGGUGCUGUUUGCACAGUCAUAGAAGGAGUGUCGGAUAUAAACGAAAUGGAGCACGCUAAGUUAAUGUUGGAGGCAACAGAUCAAGAAAGUGUUCCUGAAAGCAGUCCAUGUUGUGUAAUAGAGGAGCCAGAACGUUUGGAAACCAGACUGGAAUCCACUACAGGGGAAGCAACAAGUGUAAAUUCGGUCACAGAAUCUGUGACUUCAAAAAGUUUGAAACAAACAGUAUCAACAUCUUUUGAAACAACUGGCUAUAAAUUAAUGACCCUCCCCUUGGAAUCAAAUGCAGAAGCUAAGGAUUCAGUGACAACUUUGGGAUUUUUAGCUAUGGUGGUAGGAAAAGAUUUUGAAGCAACUUCAGAAUUUUUAAAUACUGCAAAAGUGAAAGCUGCUGAAAGAAGUCCUAAGCAUACCAGUAGAAAAGGUGAUUCAGUGCAUGAUUCUGAGAAAACUGUCACAAUGAAAGAUUUUCCCAAACCACUACAGUUUGGAACAGAACGGAAAGAUUUGGAAACUGCUCCAGAAGCUGUCCGUGCAAUCCCCGAAAAAGAUUUUGAACCAGCUGUGGUAGCUCAACUGAAACCUCAGCAAAAAGUUUCAGAAUUUGAUGUACAAAAAUAUAGUAGAGCAAGCCUCAGUACAGAGGUUCCGACAGAGGUGAAAGAAUUAAGAGAAACUGAAGUCUCUACCCUCAUGAUGGAAUUGAGUGAGUCAGAAAAAACUGCAGGAUAUCUGCCAAUCCAAAGAGAUGCAAAAGAUUUGGAAACAGAACCACUGUUAGAAAAUAUGACUAGACUAGAUUCAGAAGAACAUUUCUCAGUUGUAUUAAUGGAAAGAAAGAAUUUGGGUGUUGCUUCUGAUUUUAUGGAAAUUGACAAAAAAUGUUUAAGAGCAAAAUCUGAUGGCGUAACAGAAUCAGAAAAUUGGAAUACUGUUCCAGAAUCUCUUAAAGCAAAGGAUAUUAAGAAUGUAGAAUGCCCACAGGAUUUUAAGAAGGCUGAACAGAUUAAUUAUUUGGAAACAUCAUUAGAAACUAUGAUAGAAAGUAGAGGAAACUCUGAAAUCACUCAAUGUUCUCUGGCACUGAUUAAUGUGAAAGUUCCUGAAAACACUUCACAAUUAAAAGAGGUGAAUGUUUCAAAAACAAUGAUAGAAACAGAGAUUGUGAAAACACAAAAUCUGGAAGGCUCAAAAUAUGUAGAUCUAAGAAAUAAAGAAAAUGAGAAUGCAGAGAAAUGGAAAAAUAUUCCACAAUCUUUAAUGAGUACAAACAAUUUAGAAAAAACCUCUUCAGAGUUGCAGUGCAUAGAAGCAAUUAAAAUAGUGAAAGAAACUUCACAGUCUGAUAUGGAGGCACAGAAAAAAGUUUUCAAAACUGGUCUUGAACCUGAAGGGGGGAGAGAAGAGAGAGAUGUGGAUGCUGGUUCAGAAUCUUUGCAGAUGAUAUUUGCAAACUAUUCAGAACAUAAUCUAGAACUUCAUACAGAAACUGAAGGUAUGAUGGAGUUGAAAAAUUCAGAAGCAGUUCUGAAAUCAUUGUAUAAACCGGAUGCUGACAAUUUUAAAUCACCAUGUACUAAGGAAAUCAGAUAUAUUAAAAAUACAGAAUCUGAAGCAGUGACCAAAGCAAAUGAUUUACAGGAAAACUUAAAACCAUUGCAUAAAUAUGUAAAAAAUGUGGAAACUGCAUCAGAAUCAAUUGCAUUACCAAUUGUGACAUACAGGGAGACACUUGAAGGUACUUCCAAUAGGAAAAAAAAUGUAUCUCAUUUUGUGCAAGAAGAGAGAUGUUUUGAUUCCACUGACUUUUUAAAGAAGAAUCAAACUGGUGCAGAUCCAACAGAUUUGGGACUUAUCUCAAGAUAUAAGGAAGCAAUUAAAACAGACUCCAGAAGGAUAGGAGAAAUUGAGCUGUUAGGUAAGAGUCAAGGGCCAUUAUUCAUUUCAAAAUCAUUGCAUGAAAUGGAUGUAAUAAGUUCAGAAAAAAAUAAUUCAGAAUCUAAAGGAAUAGCAGUAGUACAAGACUUAAAAGAAUCUGGAAAAUCUCUGGCAGCUGCAAUUGAUCCUAAGGAAAUUUUAAAACUGAAGAAUUUAGUAUCAGUUGAAUCAAAAGAUGAUUUUCCAUUUGGCAGUACUGUGAAACAAUUUGAAUCAGUUCCGGAAUCUCUUGAACAAAAUGUAGAACUAUUAGAGCGCACAAAGACACAACUUAGAAAAGUGUAUUUAGAUUCUGUGUCUGAUUUGGAAGUUAAAUGUGCAGGAACAAGUUCAGAGAUUCUGUAUUCAGAUGAAUUUCAUAUUCAGGAGAAACAGAAAUUGGAAGAAAAAAUAGAAACAACAGGAUUAAUGGAAGCACCAGUACCUCUACACUUGUCAGAGAGAGAUCUGAUUGUUCCUACUUCUGCUUCUGGAAGUACAGAUUCAGAAUAUGGUCCAGAGUCUAUGUACUUGGCAGAAACAAAUUCAGAGAACAUCCUAAAAUCUUACAAAAUUCAAGUGAAAGAUUCAAAAACAACUUCAGACUCUAUGAUUAUAAAUGUAAAAGACUUGAGAAUUGGUUCAGAACCUUUGCUUCAAGCAGGUGUAGAACUUAGAGAAUAUCUUCCAGGGUGUAAAUCAGUGGUAACAUCAGAAAGUGUGGAAUUUACAGCAGAAACUUCCAGAAAAAAUGACAUGCUUCCAGAAUCACAGGGUAUAUCAGAGUUGCAAAAACCAGGUACAAUACUCAGAAGUGAAGGAUUGACACAUGCACAUUUGAAAACAGCAUGUAUACAUGUGAGAGAUACUGAAGAUGUAGAAAUACCUACUAAGUCUAAAGAAUUGGAAGUAAUAGAAAAACAAGGUGUUCUGACAUCUCUGUUUGCCUCAGUAGAGUCUACAGAUGUAAUGGAAGAAAGUUUUGAACCUAUUUACACAACAGAGGUAAACAAGGUAGAAGCAAAUCAGAAGUCAUUAAUACAUGUAGAAUCUAUGAGUAAAGAAAAGAUGAAUGAUGAGCACAUACAGCCAUUUAAUGAAAAUGAUGCAAAUGUUUCAGAAGCAUUUACGUCUUCAAAACAUACUGUAAGGGCACAAAUUAUAGAAGAUAUACUGUUGGCUGCCAACAAAGAAAAUGUUUCUGAAGUAACUCCAGAAUCAGGUGCAGAAUUAGUAUUAAAAUAUUCUGAAGUUUCUGGAACUAUCACAGAGAGAGAGAAAUGUGAUACAACUCUGCCUGAAUUUAUGGUAGGUGUCCAAGAUUUGGAAGAAAGCAGCAGUAGUUUAGAUGCAGGAAAGAUGAAGAAUUUAAAAGCUAUUCAGAUAGAAAACUAUACAAAAUCUCUUCGUGUAUUAGAAUCCAUGGAUGCAGCUGAUGUUUCACAGUCUGGGUCUAAAGUUGAACCAAAAAGUUUAAGAAAAACAAUAAGCCAUGAAAGAUUAUUAGGAAUAAAAGAUCCGAUGGCCACUACAGUACAACUAAAGACAUCAGAAUCAACUUCAGAAUCAGUUUCUAUAUUGGAAGUAAGUGAUACUUUAAAAAUCCCAGAGCCCAAAACUACUCAAACAUAUUUAGGAGUAAGUGAUUUCAAAUCUUCUGGCACAACUGCAGAGAGAUAUCCACUAGAAAUCAUUGACUCUGACUCACAAAUACAACCAGAAAAUAUUUUAGAAGUAAAACAGUUUGAAUCUGCUUCAGAAGUUAAAUAUGGGCUAGUAACACAUCCAUUCAAAACCGCUUCAGAAUCUGAAAAAGUGAUACAGGACAAAGUUUCAAAAGCUAUUUCAGAUGUAUUAUGUUCAGGCAAUGUGGGAAACCUGGAACAAAUUUUGGAAUCUAAACAUAACCAGGAAAGAAAAGAUUUAGACUCUCCCCAGUUUGCUACCCUGAUGGCAAAAGAUUUAAAAGGCAGUCUUACAUAUGAAGAAAAAACAGGUGUUUCAGAGACGACUACUCAGUUUUCAAGUGUUGUGGAAGCAACAGAUACAAGAUCAAAUAUAUCAUCUAUAGUUCCAGAAACAAUUGAAAAAUGUUCUGAAAUAUUUCUGGAAAGUAUAACUGUAUCAGAUAUUCAGGGCACAAAUACAAAUGUAGAACCAGACAAUUUACUAAAAGAGAAGUCACCUGAAGUUACUACGGAUGUCAAGAAUUCAAAACCAAAUUCAGGAUUUAUGGAUAUAGUGGAGUUGAAAUCUAACAAUGCUGCAGAAACUGUACACAUGAAAGAACUGAAAGAUUUUGAAGCAGUUGCUGUGUGCAAGUCUGUUGAAAUAAAAAACUUCCAAGUUGUACAAACAUCAAGAGACAAAGAGCAAAUGGGUUUCCAAGAACUCUCAAAAUCAGUGUUACCUUCAGACACUAAGGAUUUGGAAAGAAACUCAAGUUUUCAGCUUUUGCCACAACAGAAGAUCUCAGAAGCAUCUCUAGAACCUGUUAAAAAAUUUGUAUCGGUUUCUGAAUGUUUAAGUACAAAGGACAUAGAACAAAAUUUAAAAUGUGUGGCAGAAGGGAAAGCUCAGGAAUCAACUGCAGGACAUGUGAUACUAACACAAGAUAAGAGUGCAGAAAUAAUUCCACAAUUCACUUUGGAAGUGAAAGAUUCAGAAGCAACCUUAGAAUCUUUAUGUGUGACACAGAGAAAAGGUGAAACUGCACAGACUUCUUCAAAGGAGCAAGCAACUGUAAAACCUCUGUGUAUGACAGCAGAAGACAAUGUGGAAGUAAAUCAGCUGGAAAUCAUUGUGUUGGGAGAUUCAGGAGAAGCUCUAAAGCCUCAGUACUUGGCAGAGAAGGAAGACUUCAAAGUGGGAGAAUACAUUGAGGCAAAAGAUUCAGAAACAGCUCUUGAAUCUGAGGUUAUAGUAAAGGAUAAAGACUUGGAAACUUCUCUUCAGGACUCUUCAAAAUACCAGGAUUCAGAUGCUGCUCUGAAUUCUUCAGACAUAAUUAAGGAAAGUGAAGGGAGUAAUUUAAGAGAUAAAAAAAGUGAAAAAAUAAGUAGUAAAACUAAAGAUAAAAGUAAGAGUGGAAAAAAAGCAAAAAAAAGCAGAUCAAAAUCUCCUUCUAAGUCAAAGAAACGUAAAAAGAAGUCUAGAUCACGUUCCACCUCUAGACAAGUAUCAAGAAGAGCACGUUCUAGAAGUAAAAAUGAUUCCAGUUCCAAGAGAAAACACUCCACUUCACAUCAUAAAUCUAGAUCCAAAUCUGUUGAUAAAAAAGAAGAAAAAGAAUCUUCACUAAGAGGUAGACGAAGACGUUCACGGACCUCUGAUAGGCUUAAAUCUAGAUCUAAAUCUGCUGACAGAAGAGAAACUUCAAUAAGAUCAAGACGUAGACGGUCCAGAUCUUCCGAUCACAAGUCUAGAUCCAGAUCAGUUGACAAAAGAGAAUCAGCUAGGAGAAGACGAAGGUUAUCCAGGUCUUCUGAUAAUCGCAGAUCUAGGUCGCGAUCAGUUGACAGAAGAGAGACUUUGACAAGAUCAAGGAGGAGGCGAUCCAGAUCUUCUGACCGUCAUAAAUCUAGAUCACGAUCAGGUGACAAAAGAGAGACCUCUGUGAGAACAAGGCGAAGGCGGUCUCAGUCCUCUGAUCGUUGUAAAUCUAGAUCCAAAUCUCUUGACAGAAGAGAGUCUUCAGUAAGAACACGGAGAAGGCGAUCUAGAUCUUCUGAUAAUCACAAAUCUAGGUCUAGAUCUCCUGAUGACAAGAGAGAGCCUUCAGUGAGGACAAGGCGGAGAAGAUCAAGGACCCCUGAUACUCGCAAAUCUAGAUCUAGAUCUGUUGACAGAAGGGAGACUUCAGGGAGAGGAAGACGAAGACAGUCAAGAUCCUCUGAUAAUCGUAAGUCAAGAUCCAGAUCAGUUGACAAAAGAGAGAGUUCAGUGAGGAUAAGGCGAAGGAGAUCCAGGUCUUCUGAUAAUCACAGAUCGAAAUCCAAAUCUGUUGACAAAAGGGAGACUUCAGUGAGGAUGAAACGAAGGCGGUCUGUGUCCUCUGAUCGCAAAUCUAGAUCCAGAUCUGUUGAUAAGAGAGAGACUUCAGCUAGGUCAAAAAGGAGACGUUCAAGGUCUUCUGAUAAUCACAAAUCUAGAUCCAGAUCUGUUGAUAACAUAGAAACUUCAGCAAAGUCAAAGAGAAGGCGAUCGAAGUCCACUGAUCAUAAAUCCAGAAUGAAAUCAGUUGAGAAAGGGGAACUGACCUUAAAGUCUAGACACAGACGAUCUAAGUCAUCAGAUCGGCCAAGAUCUAAAUCAAAAUCCAGAUCUAAAUCAUCUGAAAGAAGAAAAGAUAAAGACUCCUUGGAUGGAUCAAGAGGAAAACGCUCUAAAUACAGAUCAAAGUCUAAGUCUCCUGAGAAAACAGAUGGAACUGAGUCUUUGGAAGCAACUUUGAAUAAUCGGGAAAAAUCACCUGAGCAGCACAAAUCUAAAUCUAGGUCUAGGUCUAAAUCUAUAGAUAAAACAGGAGAGAGAGAACGCUUGAGAAGAUCAAGAAGUAAAGGUUCCAAGUCCUCAGAAUCUAGAUCUCGUAGACGUAGAACAGUAUCAAGAUCUAGAAGAAAUCGUUCACGAUCAUUAACACGGAAGAGAACAAGAUCUAAAUCUGAUCACCGAUCACAGUCACGCUCUCGAACUCGUUCACGAUCAUGUUCAAGACGUUGGAGGAGGACUAGAUCAAGAUCAGUAUCAAGACAGCGAUCUUUGUCAAGGAAAAGACAUAGACGAUCUCGGAGAAAUCGAUCAAGAUCAACUGAUAGAAGAAGACGAAGAUCUGAUUCAAGAGACAGUUACAGAAUAUCUCUCAGGUUACGGUCCCGAAGUCGAACACCUGUCCGUUUAAGAUGCUCUAGGUCUACGGGGAGAAGAAGAAGCACCAGUAAAUCACCUGAUCAUCGACGAUCUAGAUCUUCAAGCAGAUCACCAAAACGUCUAACUGACUUGGAUAAGGCACAGUUACUUGAAAUAGCCAAGGCAAAUGCAGCAGCGAUGUGUGCUAAGGCUGGUGUUCCACUCCCACCAAGUCUGAUGCCUGUUAUAACUCCAGAGAAGAAGGAAGAGAAAGUUACCCAAAAGUCAGCAAAAGAGACGAUACUGGAACUGACUGAGAAAUGCAAGAAGAUUGCCCAAAGCCAGGAAGAUGAUGUCAUUGUGAAUAAGCCUCAUGUUUCUGAUGAAGAAGAGGAGGAGCAUCCUUUUAUCAACCAUCCCUUUAAGCUUAAUGAACCCAAACCUAUUUUUUUCAACUUAACUACUCCUACAAUAAAACCAGCAGCUCCAAAAAAUCAGGUAACUUUGACAAAAGAGUUCCCAGUUUCUUCAGGAUCUCAACACAGGAAAAAAGAAGCAGAUAGUGCAUAUGGAGAAUGGGUUCCAGUUGAGAAGAACAAGGAUGAGAACAAGGAUGACGUGUUCCCCAAUCCAGCCAAUCUGGAGCCUGUGGACAUAUCAUCAGCAUUGAAUGAACGGACAUUAGCCCAAAAGAGGCUCACAGAAAAUACAUUUGAUCUGGAGGCGAUGUGCUUGUUAAAUCGUGCACAAGAACGGAUUGAUGCCUGGGCUGAGCUGAAUUCUAUACCAGGCCAUUUUACGGGCAGUACUGGAGCACAGGUCUUGUCUUCUGAACAGUUAUCCAACAGCGGUCCCCAAGCAUGGGUUAAAAAGGAUCAGUUUCUCAGAGCUGCCCCUGUUACUGGAGGAAUGGGAGCCCAACUCAUGAGAAAAAUGGGAUGGAGAGAAGGAGAAGGCUUGGGAAAAAACAAAGAAGGAAACAAGGAGCCUAUUUUAGUUGAUUUUAAAACUGAUCGGAAGGGCUUAGUUGCUGUGGGAGAGAAAACACAAAAGAGACAUGGGCCUUUCAGUACUGUGAAAGAUCUUUCAGGCAAACAUCCAGUAUCAGCUUUGCUGGAAGUCUGUAAUAAAAGAAGAUGGUCUCCGCCUGUAUUUGUACUGGUGAAUGAUAAUCGUCCUGAGUAUCGCAAACAUUUCCUGUUUAAGGUGAUGGUCAAUGGAGUUGAACAUAAACCUAGCUUUGUCAGCCCUAACAAGAAGCAUGCUAAAGCCACAGCAGCCACUGUAGCUCUCCAAGCACUGGGACUAGUACCAAAGGAGCUCUUGGCGAACGCCACCAGCUUCAGGAGUGCCUCACACAACUGAACUAUUGUUUUUAACAUUUCAAACAUUUCUAUUCUGUAUAACAGGUAUUUCCUUUCUCUGCUUUUGUAAAUACAUUAGCAUCUCAUUGUAAAAACUGUACAGACACCUUCAGGCUUUUCUUUUGUACCUGCAAAUGUAUUUAAUUCAUUUAGUUAUGGUAUGUAUAUUAUUGAUUUCAGUCAUGCCACCAUUUCUUAAAUUACUAAACAUCUAAUGUGAGUCUGGAAGUAUCUGUAAUUUGUUUUAAUAUUUUAUCUUUACCUUCAAUAUAAAUAUGAAAGUUUACUGUUUUGUAGUAUGAUGCAGUUCCCAUAGUUUUGGUGAAGUUCAGUUAUGCUUACUUAAAACUAUGUAGCCUGUUAAGUCUACAACUACUAGAUAAGUAUUGGACCCUACAAUUCAAUAAUUUUUGAAGCAAAGCAGAAUUCAAUAAUUUUGCUAGAUAAUGUUAUCCAUUAUUUCUCUGUCAUAUGAACACAAUUGUCUAAGGAAAAAAAUGUAUACAUAUGCAAAGGGAACCUACCUAAGUCAGAACUCAUGAGAAUUGCAAUAUGAAAUACGUCUGCAUGUUUUUGUAAAAGAAACAUGAAAUUGUAAUUUAGCUUCGUACACAAUGCCUGAUGUUGAUUAUACACAUUUGUAGUAAACAAAUGUUCAGCGAUAAUUGGAUGGGGAUGUAUAAUGAUGCUAUUGUUGUUGUAUUCCGCUUGGUCAAAUAAAGCAGUAUAACUUCAUUCUUAUUUACCAGCCAAUUAACAGAAUGUUACAACGUACAUUUUGAUCACUGGCACAAGAGGCAUUAGUAGUUUUAUGUUAUAAUCUGAAAUUUAAAAACUUUAGGCUUUAUAAUUUAAUAGGAUUUUUUUAAACUUAAAAGAAUCAUGUUACUGAUAUAUUCAGAUUGGAAAUACUUCCAAUGACAGAUAUGGCUGAGAUCAAAUUGGAAUUAUUUUCUAGUUGGCCUUUGAUUGAAGUUUGAUGACAUCAUAUAGCAGAGGAUGAAAUCAUUAAUAUAUUUAUCGUUAUACAUCUAUCAGACUGGCUAUAUUUGAAGACUAGUUUCCCACUAUUUAAUCUUAAAAUGAAUAAAAAGACUAGUUGUAUUGGGUGUAGAUGCUACUUCUCCCCAAGUAAUUCUGAAUUACUAUGCAACAAUUAGCUACUAACAGAAUUGUUGUGUAGCUUCCUGCUGGUCAUUUGAGAACCCAAGGGGUCAUGGGUAGUAUCUGACCGUACACAUGCAUAAAAUAAAGAAGGAGCCGGUUCUGUUGAAAUCUGAAUUGCAGAUAUUAGGAAUAUCUUAAUCUCAGUCUAUAUCCAAAACGUGCCUUGCUUAUUUGGACAUUCGUUCUAAUGUGCAGAGCAAAUUGUGUUGUGUUCACAGCUUAUCCCAGAUAUGCAAGAAUAUUUUAGCAACUAAAAAUGUUUUUUAAAAAGCCUUUCCACUCCAAGGAUUUUGGGCAGUCCUGCCUAAAAUAUGAAAUUAUCAUUUUUACCAUCUUUAAAAUAACUUGUGGUAUACUUGUUACAUUUCUGAACUAACUGUUGCAAGCUGUUGUGCCUUUCAGACCCAUUCCUAUAGUGGCCACCUACUGAAGGGUAAUCUGGUUCAAAAAUACCAUUAGUAUAAUGCAAUAGGGAUGCUUUGAAGGCCUCAGCAUUUGUGUUAAGAAGUAUGACAUAUAUAAUAAAGGAAAAAGCCAUGGACAGUAGAAGGGAGUAUUGCAAAAAAUUUUCCUCACCCAAUGAUCUUCCUUAGAUCCAAAGCAAUUAUAAAUGCCAAACUACAAAAUUCUUAAAAUAAAGUUUAAUUUAAAAUGUGUA